AUAGAAUUCUUCAAGGAAAAUGGAACCGGCGGCAGCUUCAUCUAUACGGAGUCUUCUCUACGUAAUGUUUCUGUUGUAUUCUAGCCUUCUUAUUGCUCCAGCAAGCUCUCAGGGUGAUGAGUCCAGGCAAGCUAAUAACAAACAUGUUGCCAUCUUUGUGUUUGGAGAUUCGGUCUACGAUCCAGGAAACAAUAACUAUCUCCAUGUUCGCAUUGACUACAAGGCCAAUUUUACACCAUAUGGGGAGAGUUUUUUCAAAUAUCCGACUGGAAGAUUCUGCAAUGGCCGUAUCGUCCCUGACUUUGCUGCAAAAUACUCAAAUUUACCACUCUGGGAACCAUACUUACAACCUGGAAGUCAUAAUUUUAGCAAUGGAGCUAAUUUUGCAAGUGCUGGAGCUGGUGUUCUUGAAGAAAGUGAACCACUUACGCUUUACAGCCAAAAACAGCUAAGCUAUUUUAAGGAGGUGGCCAAUUUAAUGAAGCAGCAACUCGGUGAUGCAGAAGCCAAAAAGAUACUGGCCGAUGCAAUCUAUUUCUCUAGCUUUGGAGGCGUUGACUACAUGUCUUUCAUUGACGAUACUGCUAAUCCUACCAAAUUACAACAACGGGAAUUUGUAAAUAUGGUGAUUGGCAAUUUUACAGAUGUGAUUAUGGAAAUAUAUGAAAUGGGAGGGAGGAAAUUUGCAUUUCAGAAUGUGGGACCUUUGGGUUGCCAACCAGAGUUCAAACAACAGUACAAUCAUAGUGGUGGUGGUUGUGUAGAAGUGCUCCAAGAAUUCGCUAGUCUCCACAAUAGUCUUCUGUCUAAUGUCACUGUGGAGUUGCAAAGCCAAUUAUCAGGAUUCCAAUAUCUAAUUUUUGAUUUCUUCAAUUCACUUAACGAU